GCCGGAUCCGUUGGUGGUUGUGGGCUUUUCGGGCUGUUUCAGAACAUGGUCCAACGGCCCGAAAAACCUACAACAACCAGUCCUCUAAUACUGUAGUUGCGUCGUCCAAAAGAUUUAUAUAGCUGGAGCCUUUGUGGUCAGCAGCCACGAAACUGUUAAGUUCUGAGACUUAAAUGGACGCACGGCUAUCGAGUGGACAGCGACACAACCAUCUGAGCUUCUAUCCGCCCACCCGUUUGCUGAGGACCUCCACCUCUCAGUUCCGCCCUGCCCGAGAAAUGGAGGGGAAAAGUUAAAAGAACCCAGUAAUCGGCAGUCCUGGAAAGUCUAUCCAUCCUGAUGGUUGCAGCACGUGUACGGGCUGACCCGGAACCGGAAGUAGCGUCGGGACGGAAGUAGCGUCGGGGUGGAGUGUCCCUGGAUUUUGGAGCCCGAGGGAGCCGAGAGGGACAGUUAGUGCAAGAUGUCGAUAGAAAUCGAGUCCUCGGAUGUCAUCCGACUGAUCAUGCAGUAUCUGAAGGAGAACAGCCUGCAUCGUUCUCUGGCCACUCUGCAGGAGGAAACCACAGUGUCUCUGAACACAGUGGACAGCAUUGAGAGCUUUGUAGCAGACAUUAAUAGUGGUCAUUGGGAUACAGUAUUGCAGGCAAUACAGUCCUUAAAGCUGCCGGACAAAACACUAAUUGAUCUGUAUGAGCAGGUUGUUCUGGAAUUGAUAGAGCUUCGGGAACUGGGCGCUGCCAGAUCUCUCCUGAGACAAACUGACCCGAUGAUUAUGUUAAAGCAGACUCAGCCAGAGCGAUACAUUCACCUUGAGAAUCUGUUGGCAAGGUCCUAUUUUGAUCCACGUGAGGCUUACCCAGAUGGGAGCAGCAAAGAGAAGCGGAGAGCUGCCAUUGCCCAAGCCUUGGCCGGGGAAGUGAGUGUCGUGCCUCCCUCUCGUCUCAUGGCAUUAUUGGGACAGGCACUGAAAUGGCAACAGCAUCAGGGACUGCUUCCUCCUGGUAUGACAAUUGAUUUGUUUAGAGGCAAAGCAGCUGUCAAAGAUGUUGAAGAGGAAAAGUUUCCCACACAGUUGAGCAGGCAUAUUAAGUUUGGCCAGAAGUCUCAUGUAGAGUGUGCUCGAUUUUCUCCAGACGGUCAGUAUCUGGUCACGGGUUCUGUUGAUGGGUUCAUUGAGGUGUGGAACUUCACCACUGGAAAAAUCAGAAAGGAUCUGAAAUAUCAAGCACAGGAUAACUUCAUGAUGAUGGAUGAUGCAGUGCUAUGCAUGUGUUUCAGUCGAGAUACUGAAAUGUUAGCAACUGGAGCACAGGAUGGGAAGAUCAAGGUGUGGAAGAUUCAGAGUGGGCAGUGUCUGAGGCGAUUUGAAAGAGCCCACAGUAAAGGUGUCACAUGCCUGAGUUUUUCAAAGGAUAGCAGUCAGAUUCUUAGUGCCUCUUUUGACCAAACAAUCAGGAUCCAUGGUUUGAAAUCGGGGAAGACUCUCAAGGAAUUCCGUGGCCAUUCUUCAUUUGUAAAUGAAGCCACAUUUACACAGGAUGGUCAUUACAUUAUCAGUGCAUCCUCUGAUGGCACAGUGAAGGUCUGGAACAUGAAGACUACGGAAUGCUGUAACACCUUCAAAUCACUUGGCAGCACCGCUGGCACGGACAUUACUGUGAACAGCGUGAUUCUACUGCCUAAAAAUCCAGAGCAUUUUGUUGUCUGCAACAGAUCAAAUACAGUUGUCAUUAUGAACAUGCAAGGACAAAUUGUGAGAAGCUUCAGCUCAGGUAAGAGAGAAGGUGGUGACUUUGUCUGCUGUGCCCUUUCUCCACGAGGCGAGUGGAUCUACUGUGUGGGUGAAGAUUUUGUGCUCUACUGUUUCAGCACAGUGACAGGCAAGCUGGAGAGAACUCUCACGGUUCAUGAAAAGGAUGUCAUUGGUAUUGCUCACCAUCCCCAUCAGAACUUGAUAGCUACUUACAGUGAAGAUGGGCUUCUGAAGCUGUGGAAACCAUAGAGAGUGAAUUUUUAAUUCCCUUUAAUGCGUAGUUCUUGAAUACAUGAAAAAUGUAUAUGUCAUUGUGUAGUUCUUUUUAGUUCUUAAAAUGGCAAAAAAUGUUUUAUUUUACUUUUUUAUAGAAAGGUGUCCAAAGAGAGAAACAUGUACUAAUUUUUCAGAUGGAUGUUAUGCUAGUUAUGUAUCCAGGUAGCAGAUUGUUCAGUUUCACAGAAUAUUGCUUGUAUAUGCUUGCCCCCUGCUUGUUAUGGUAAUUAACUACGAUUCUGUAGUUAAUUUAGUCUGAUUAGCAUAGAAAAUACUGUAUAGUCAUGAACAUUUAAGUUUUUUUAAUUGCCCGACUUAUCUUUAGUUAGUAAGCUUCAUCUGACUAUUUUCAGGAAAGCAGUCAUUUUGAUCAAAGUCAUUUUGAAAAAUAAUCUUCCAAGUGGUCAUUUUCUGAUUUCUAGACGUAUGUGGCUUUUAGUUGGAGCCAUUUACUUUGUGGUUCUGUUUCUUCCACAAUAAAGCUUCAUUUAUUACAAAGA